AUUUCAGAAUGUCGCUUCUGGCACUUCGUCCACUUCUAGUCAAGCAACGCUUCCUUUCGCACGCUCUGUUCCGAUGCUCAGCAUCACUUCCAACCCUGAUCCAUCAUUACUCCACCAACAAUGCAUCGAAACAGUCAUCUCCCUCCAAAUCCCUGUCGGCAGGCAGCGACCGAACAGACGUAUCGACCGACGUACGACCCAUCGGUGAACGCGUGAAGGAAAACACGAAAACCGCCAGCUACAUGGGUGUCAUCCUGCUGGGCGUUGGCGUUACCGGCAUUCUGUUUUACGUCGUGUUUUGGGAACUGUUUUCAUCGGACAGUCCCAACAACAUCUACUCGGAAGCCCUCGAGCGGGUAAAGGAAGAACCGAGGGUAAAGGACGCACUCGGAGCACCGAUCAAAGGCUACGGGGAGGAAAGCCGACGUGGUCGCCGGACACGCGUUGCUCACACUAAAUACAUCAAGGAUGGUGUGGAAUACAUUCGCAUGCAGUUUCACGUACAAGGAUUCCGUAACAGAGGUACCGUGCAUCUGGAGAAACGUAAAACGGACUCCGGAGGGUACGAGUAUCGUUAUCUGUUUGUGCAGUUGGAUUACAACCCGCACAGUCCGAUUAUACUGGAGGACAAUAGACUGCAGCAGGAUGUGAUGAGAUCGCAAGCCGGUACCGUGCCACAACCUUUCCUAUGAAAACUGUCGAAUGAA